AUGAGUGCCUCGCUCAUUGCCUCGCCAAGCGCUGCCUCGGUGCCUGGUGGUGGUGGCGCUGGCGCGGCGUUGGUGCCCGGUGCUGUGCACAGCGCUCUGCUCGCGCCCAGUGAAUUGCCGAGCGCUGCGCCGGUGCCGAGAGCCCGCGUCAUCAUCCCGGCUGACGUUCGCAUUCCCGUUCCCGCCGAGGCCGUUGCCGGCGGCCGCGUGUCCUUCCACUAUGAGCAGCUCAUCUACACCGCCGCGCUGCCGAGACUCGCCGCCAGUGGCUCCUGCCUGCUCCGCCUGACAGUUGCGCACUGGCGAGAGGCCAGCGCAGCAGCGGCCAGGCGCCGGCGCGAGGAGGCCGCCCGGCAGCGUGCGCAGGCGCAGGCGCAGCGCAAGGAGGCGCGCGUGCAGAGGGAGGUCCGCGCCGCGGUGGAGUCGCUCGUUUCGGCGGUCGAGGGCGAUGAGAGGGAGGUGCGUGGCGUCGUGCAGGGCCUGGUGCUCUCUCUCGAGGCGGAGGAGCGGCGCCGGCGCGCUGCAGAGAGGCAGGAGGCGCAGCGGGCGCGCGAGGUUGGCGUGGUGCUGGUGAGGGAGGUCGAGGCGGGCGGCGACGCGGUCGAGCGAGAGGUUGCGAGGACGCUCGAUCGGGUGGUCGGGCGGGUGCUCCGGCUCUGCGACCCGCGCUACGCCGGCCUCGACUCUCCCGAGUACGCCCACGCGCAGCUGGUGGCGCUGUAUAAAAAGAAAUGCUUGGUUGGCGGCUGGUCGAUCCGCGUGGACGUGCGGCAGACGGGCGGCUCUGCGGGCGAGACAGACCUCUACUUCUUCGACGAGCGAGGGAAGAAGUUCCGCUCGCGCCUCGAGGUGGCGCGUCACUUUGGCCUCGCCGCCGAGAAGCGCAAGCGGCGGGGCUCUGCCGAAGGCGACGUCUUCCCCUUCCCGGCGGGGGUGCAGGGCGGCGGCGGCGAGGCGCUCGUGCGGCGGAAGAAGAAGAAGAGGCGGUGCGGCGAGUGCGCGGCGUGCGCGGCGCCAAACUGCGGCGCUGAGCGCUGGCUCUGCCACAUGAACCCCGACGCCACACACGCGGCCUGCGGCGUCCCAGAGCAGGCGUGGGGCGGCGGCCGCGCGGUCCGCACGCCGAUGCCCAUUCGCGCCAGCGAGGCGAACGGCCAGGCCAGGCGACAGCCUCGAAAGCGCAGGCGGCCGCAGGUCUCACCGCGCCUAGUGGCGGCGCCCCCGCCGCAGCUGCCCUCGCGGGUGGUCGUACCGCAGACGCUCGCCCGCCGCCCGCGGAAGCAGCGACCCCGACCCGCAACACGGCCGCCGACGCCGCGCCCGGCGGCAAAGGUGGCGAGGGCGGCGCAGGCCGCCACGGCGGCGGCGGUGCCGACGCCACGCGCGCCGCUUGCCUCCACGGCCACCUCGGGCGCCAACCGCGUCGCCGGAGCUGGCGGGUUUGUGGCGGAGGACCACCCGGCCGCGGGAUGCGACGAGGCCGUCGCCGCGCAGGCCGCGUCGCUGCUGCGCCGCCGUUUCCCCUCUUGCGUCGAGCUGAUUGGCAAGCUGCUCGACUGUCGGCAGCCGCUGCCGCAGAUCCAGUGCCACGCGGCAGGCCGAGUGCUGCCCGCGCCGCCGCACCGGCUGCUCGUGGUGCGCGAGGGCGGGCGCGUCGUCGCGGCGGCGCUGCUGCUGCACGUGGCCCCGCGCCGGCGGCAGUCCGACGACACGCGCUUCUCGCAGACGACGCUGUUUGCGGUGGACGAGUCGGAGGAGCGCCGCCGCAUCGGCCGCCUGCGCCACUCUCUCGUCGCGUAUAGCAAGCUCUGCUGCGCCCGCGCGCAGUCGCGCCGCCUGCUCAUCAUGAGCUCCGGCAACCGCUUCUGGAGGAACCCGCGCUUUGGGCUCGGCGACAUCUCUGCCGCCGACCCGAUGGUCGGUCGGCGGUUUGAUCCGUGGACGCAGCCGUGCGCCUACCUUGGCUUCGACCUCGGAGGCGCUGCCGGCAGCAGCACCGACGCCGACGCGUACCUCCGCCCGUGCCGUCGCUCUUUGUCAGAGGUCCGCGUGCGGACGGCAAAGCGCGCAUGAAUUGCAUGUUGUUUGAAUGUCUCGUUCCCCGGUGCCGCUCUUGUGCGCGGGGCACCCUCUCUUCUGACCCGUACGUUCGGUGGUACGUUUUGUCUAGUGCGGCCUUUGUCACUGGCGCGAACAGCUG